GAUCUGUCUGUUACUUCUUGUCGCUAUUGUGAGCCCCCCCUCGAUUCACAUCGUGAUAAAUCACCACCUUGCUGGCCUUCCCCAACAGAUGCGUAAUCUCAUAGCCUAUUCCACGCCGCUAGGGAGUGAGAUCGCGUCAUUGCAUCGGUUGUGACCCAACUCUACAUGAGGCGAUCAGAUUAGUGGGCAGCAACGCUCCGGUCUAGAUCUCAGCGAAAGCUCAUCACACACCCAUUGUCUAGUCACAUCCGACGUCACCUCCGCUCGUUGACGGCCGAGUCGAGGGUGCUACUCCUGGGCCCUACAUGCCCGAUCAGCUGCAAUCGGUCCUGAGUCGUACUUACAGUUUUGCAUGCAGAGUUGACGAGAAUGGAAGACGAGGCUUCAAGACAACAAGGUCCUGACUCAAAGGGCAAAGGAAAGGAUGAUGCCAGAUCGAAUACGGACCAUGGCCUAGACCAUGGCGCUGCAGAAAAGAAAGAUCCAGGGACAUCGCUGCCUUGGAUGGCACAGUCAGCAGCCUCCUUUCUGCUAUCAGGACCGCCCGGUGCCGUACUUGGAGGCGGGGACGGAAAGGCCGAAUCGUCGCGCGCUGGCGAGGCUCUAGCAAGAGCGGGGGAGAGUUCAAUUCAGAUGCGGUCCAACAUCGCCGCCGGCGAGUCCCUGAAAAUGGGCCAGACUCAGGAGCACAUUGCCCGAGAAGAAGCGUCGUUCGCCGCUUUCCUGGACAGUGGAAACGCACCAAUGUUGUCAGAACCAAAUGACGACCUAGAAGGCGCUUGGCGGUCGGCCGUCCCUAGUGCUCCAACAUCUGGGACCGCAGGGGCAGCGGAACCGUUCACGCGUUCGGUCGCAGAACAGCAGGCGAAGGACGGCGCGGAUGUUGUCGCCUUGCUGUCGAGUGACGGCGGCCUCGAGCAGGUGUUUGACAAUGCCAACGAACCUGCAUCCCAAGGCGAUCUAGCGGCGUUGCGCAAGGCGUUGUUCGGUCAAGAGACAGACCAAGGGGAGACCUCGAUCCCAUGGGACAAUGUGCUCAACUUCAUCCCGGAGUAUCUCCAGUCCCAGACGGCACCGCGGAUCACGCCAGCAGACAGUCUCGCCAUGCACCUUGGUACUACGGAUGCGAACGAGGCGUGGCAGUUAUGGGUGACUCAGUGGUCUCGUGUCCUGACGAGCUAUCAAGACGAGGUUUGGGGCGAUCUGAGCGCGCUCGUUGACGAGGCUCGUGCCGAGGUUCGUCAGAUAGAGGAGGUGGAACCAGGCGAACCCCUCCCUGAGCCGAAGGCACUGCUACGGCUACGAGCCAUCCUCGGCCACCUACGAGGCGCUCAUUAGAAUCUAGACGAGACUCUAUUUGCCUUCUAAUUGCUUCAUGGGUGACCUGCCAGCGCACCCCACAUCAAGUCACGUACUGUUUGUAUUUGAUACAGACAAGACAUCGGGAUGCCCCGCUUGCGUUACAUUUUUCACCCCGCCCAUGCCCACCAGACCCAAGAGCAGGAUGUCUCCGCCGGUUGCUGGGCCAGCGAGUGGAUGACAUCAUCGGGCUGACUUCCGCCCCAUGGUUGGUCAACGGACAGCUGCACGACCUAAG